UGAAGUUGAAUUUAUUGAUAUAAAGCGUUAAUGUAAAUAAUAAACAAUUUUAACAUAAACGUCGGCUUCCAGUCGAUAUGUAUGCCAAGGGCAAAGGCUCUACGGUACCUUCGGACGCUCAGGCUCGCGAAAAGCUGGCCCUAUAUGUCUACGAAUACUUGCUACACGUCGGGGCCCAGAAAGCGGCGCAGACUUUCCUUUCAGAAAUACGAUGGGAGAAGAACAUAACCCUCGGCGAGCCACCUGGGUUCCUCCAUUCGUGGUGGUGUGUUUUCUGGGACCUAUACUGCGCGGCGCCGGAGAGGCGAGAUACUUGCGAGCACUCCUCUGAAGCAAAAGCAUUCCACGAUUAUGGAUUCGUUAAUUCUGGAUAUGGUGUUAACGGUAUCGGCCACAACGCCGGCCCGGCGCCCCCAAACGACGGAAUGGGUGGAGGUGGUAUGCCACCGGGUUUCUUCCCCAAUUCCUCGCUCCGGCCGUCCCCACCCGCACCGCAUCCAGGAUCACAACCAUCGCCUCAUGGACCACAGCCUCAGCUAAUGGGGACAGGACAACCCUUUAUCGGACCUUGGUACUCCGGUGGACCGAGAUCAGCAGUCAGGAUGGGCAUGGGAAACGAUUUUAAUGGACCUCCAGGCCAGGGUAUGAUGGGGAACUCGCUGGAGCGUGGUGGCGGGGGCGGUGGCGCGAUGCUGGGAGGUCCCCGCAUGACGCCCCCGCGGCCCGGCAUGGGCCCCAUGAGCCCGGGGGCCUACGCGGCCGGCAUGCGAGGCCCCCCGCCGCAGGCUCCAGGUAUGCCACCAAUGGGGAUGGGUCCACGAGGCGCAUGGGCCGGCGGCAGCGGGGGUGCCGCUGGGGGCUCCGCCCCUCUCAACUACAGCGGGGGCUCGCCCGGCGCGUACGGAGCGCCUCCGGGCUCUAACGGGCCCCCCGGGCCCCCGACACCGAUAAUGCCAAGCCCCCAGGAUUCGUCGAAUUCCGGCGGCGACAACAUGUACACGCUGAUGAAGCCCGUGGGCGCCGGAGCCCUAGGGGCGGAGUACCCGCUCGCGGAGCACGGGCCGCCGGCGCAGCACCUGCCUCAAACCUCCACCGCCGAAGGGCUGGGCGGCGUGGACGGCAUGAAGUCGUCGCCGGGUGGAGUCGGCGGAGGAGGGCCCGGGACGCCGCGCGAGGACUCCGGCUCCGGCAUGGGUGAUUAUAACUUAAGUUUCGGGGGGCCGGGAGGCGAUCAGAACGACCAGACUGAGUCGGCGGCCAUCUUGAAAAUAAAAGAGAGUAUGCAAGAAGAAGCGAAACGAUUCGAGAAAGAUCCAGACCACCCGGACUACUUCAUGCAGUGA